AAACCCCUACCCUCUUCUAAUCUUACUCAAAGAGAUCCAGUUCUACCUCAGCCUUCUCUCCUCGCCUAUCUCUAAUCCUUGACCUAUUCACGUAUUGAAAUGGAGUUCGCACCGAAAGCUCAAGUCGUUGAGAACGGCGAGGCGUUCUGCCUAAAGGCGGACCCCUUGAACUGGAUCAAGGCGGCGGAGUCGCUGACGGGGAGCCACCUCGACGAGGUGAAGCGCAUGGUGGAGGAGUUCCGGAAGCCGCAGGUAAGGCUCGAGGGCGCGACCCUGACGAUCUCCCAGGUGGCGGCCGUGGCCGCUGCCCGGUCGCCCGUGAGGGUGGAGCUGUCGGAGGAGGCGAGGGAUGGCGUGCGGGCCAGCAGCGAGUGGGUGAUGGAGAGCAUGAACAAGGGGACCGACAGCUAUGGCGUCACCACCGGCUUCGGCGCGACCUCGCACAGGAGGACCAAGCAAGGAGGUGCUCUUCAGAAGGAGCUCAUUAGGUUCCUCAAUGCCGGAAUCUUCGGCUCCGGCCCGGAGUCGGGAAACACAUUGCCUUCGUCCGCUGCGAAGGCGGCCAUGCUCGUCCGGGUGAACACCCUCCUCCAGGGCUACUCCGGCAUCCGGUUUGAGAUCCUGGAAGCCAUCGCCAGCCUGCUCAACAACGGCAUCACCCCCUGCCUGCCGCUGCGGGGCACCAUCACCGCCUCCGGUGAUCUCGUCCCGCUGUCUUACAUCGCAGGAAUCCUGACUGGCCGGCCGAACGCAAAGGCCGUCGGCCCCGACGGCAAGGUCAUAGGCGCGGCGGAGGCUUUCCGGCUCGCCGGCAUCGCGGACGGUUUCUUUGAACUGCAGCCCAAGGAAGGACUGGCGCUGGUGAACGGCACCGCCGUGGGAUCGGGCUUGGCCUCCAUGGUGCUCUUCGAGGCCAACGUCCUGGCCGUCCUAUCGGAGGUGCUGUCGGCCGUCUUCUGCGAGGUGAUGCAGGGGAAGCCGGAGUUCACCGACCACCUCACGCACAAGCUGAAGCACCACCCGGGCCAGAUCGAGGCGGCCGCCAUCAUGGAGCACAUACUGGAGGGAAGCUCCUACAUGAAGAUGGCGCAGAAGCUGCACGAGCAGGACCCGCUCCAGAAGCCAAAGCAGGACCGCUACGCCCUGCGCACCUCCCCUCAGUGGCUCGGCCCGCAGAUCGAGGUCAUCCGCGCUUCCACCAAGUCCAUCGAGCGCGAGAUCAACUCCGUCAACGACAACCCGCUCAUCGACGUGUCCCGGAGCAAGGCCCUCCACGGCGGCAACUUCCAGGGCACGCCCAUCGGCGUCUCCAUGGACAACACCCGCCUGGCCGUCGCCGCCAUCGGGAAGCUCAUGUUUGCGCAGUUCUCUGAGCUGGUCAAUGACUUCUACAACAACGGCCUGCCCUCGAACCUCUCUGGGGGACGGAACCCGAGCCUGGACUACGGGUUCAAGGGCGCCGAGAUCGCCAUGGCGGCCUACUGCUCUGAACUCCAGUUCCUGGCCAACCCCGUUACCAACCACGUCCAGAGCGCCGAGCAGCACAACCAGGACGUGAACUCGCUGGGGCUCAUCUCCGCGAGGAAGACGGCGGAGGCCGUCGACAUACUCAAGCUCAUGUCCACCACCUACUUGGUGGCGCUCUGCCAGGCCGUCGACCUCCGGCACCUGGAGGAGAACCUGAAGAGCGCUGUGAAGAGCACGGUGAGCCAGGUGGCGAAGCGGGUGCUCACCAUGGGCGCCAACGGGGAACUCCACCCCGCCCGGUUCUGCGAGAAGGAGCUGAUCAAGGUGGUGGACCGGGAGCACGUCUUCACCUACGUCGACGACCCCUGCAGCGCCACCUACCCGCUGAUGCAGAAGUUGCGGCAGGUCCUCGUGGCGCACGCGCUCGAGAACGGCGACAAGGAGAAGGACGCCGGCAGCUCCAUCUUCCAGAAGAUCGCAACCUUCGAAGAAGAGCUGAAGGCGCAGCUGCCGAAAGAAGUGGAAGCGGCGAGGUCGGCCGUGGAGGGCGGGAAGGCGGCCAUUCCGAACAGGAUCGAGGAGUGCAGGUCUUACCCGCUUUACAGGUUGGUGAGGGAGGAGCUCAAGACGGGGUUCCUGACGGGCGAAAAGGUGACGUCGCCGGGCGAGGAGUUCGACAAGGUGUUCGACGCCAUCUGCCAGGGGAAGGUGAUCGACCCUCUCCUCGAGUGCUUGAAGGAAUGGGACGGUGCUCCCAUCCCCAUCUGUUAGCAAGAUUUAAGGCCAUAUCCUCCCUCUGCCGCCUGCCGCCUGCCGCCUUUGGAUUGAAUCUGUCAUCCCAUUGUUUCUUCCUUUCAUGUCAUAGAUUUGUCUUAUCGUGUGAUCGGAUCCAUAAUCUUAGACAUUUCCAUCUAAUAUAAAUGGAAUUGCUUCACAA